CUUCAUUUUAGUGCCAUCACUAUAUAUGUUAAAGAUCGAAUAAUUGUGUGGUAUAAUAAAAUAUUUCAUAGUAUACUUUGGAUAUAUUAAGAAAUAUUAAGAUCAUAAAUACAAAAGUAAUUAAAAAAUAAAACAAACAAAAAACUUAUACAAUUUCGGAUCGAUUAUACCAUAGAAGAAUUCUUAUCGCAGUGGAACAAAAAUGGUUACCAAAAAAAGUAUUUCCGAGAAUACGAAACGUAUUUAUCAAAUGCUUAUCAUAAACGCUGCUAUAAGCAAUGUGACUACUCUCGAUAUCAUUCCUCGUAUAUUAACAAAUACCGGAAAACUCAGUACUUCGGAAAUUGCUGCAAAAUUCGGUCAUCCAGCGGAGGAACACGUGGUUACAACAGAAGAUGGAUACAUGCUAGCCUUGCACCAUCUCCCUGGUAAAGGCAUGCCUAUACUCUUGAUGCAUGGUCUACCAAACACCAGCGAGGCUUGGUUGAUAAGAGGCAACACUUCGUUGGGAAUCACACUCGCAGAAAUGGGCCACGACAUUUGGAUAGGAGAUUGUCGAGGCAACAAGUACUCCAGGAGACACGUGUCUUUAGACCCAGAUAUCGAAGCUGAACAGUUCUGGAACUUCACCUUUACCGAAAUCGGUAACUACGACCUGCCUGCAUUCAUUGAUUACGUUCUGCAAGAAACGGGCUAUGAGAAGCUGAAUGCAAUAGGACACUCGCAGGGUACAACAAUAUUCUUCGUGAUGGGUUCAAUGAGAACCGAGUAUAAUGAUAAAGUGAACGCUUUAAUUGCCUUAGCACCGAUAGCAUAUCUCACAAAUGUCCCACAGCCUCUUUCGACAAUCAUUGCUGCUGCACCCAUUAUCUAUAAUGGAGCUAUGAAACUACGUCAGUACGAGGUCUUCGGUGACUCUUUAUCGGGUAAAACAAUACGUUCCCUGUGUUUGAAGCCAGUAAUUGGCUACUCUGCAUGUGCGUUUGAAUUACUUUUCCCAAUAAAUGGUUAUGACGCUGCAGAAUACGAGUACUCAUUUCACUACGAAGCCUUCCAAACAUUUCCAGCAAGCAAUCCAAUAAAGAAUCUUUAUCAUUUCGCACAAGUGAGUUCACGGGAUAGUUUCUCGCAUUUUGAUUAUGGAAAAGAGGAAAAUUUGAAACGCUAUGGGACGGAGUUGCCUCCAGACUUCGAUUUGAGCAAAGUGACAUUGCCUGUAGCGCUGAUAUCCGGUAUAAAUGAUAAGCUGUCGACUUUGGAGGAUGUAGCUAAACUGCGACCAGCAUUACCAAACGUUAUUCAGUACACCGUGGUAGAGAGGAGAAAAUGUAAUCACAAUGAUUUUAUAUGGGGAAGAACGAAUUACAAAUAUUUAUAUCCGUUAAUAUUUAAUAUUAUCGAAAAAUAUUUUUAUUGAUGUAUUAAAAAAUACUGAUCGUGGA